AUGGCAGCCAAACGCGAGGGGCCCCUGGCGCCAUUUGCCAAACUGGCUCCGUCGGUAUAUAUCCAGGAGCCAGUCGAGUCAACCGACGCAAAGGAUUCACAACCAGUGAUUUUCAUCGCAUUCUGGAUGAACGCGCCAGCGCGCGCACUUGCCAAGUAUGUGAUCGAGUAUCGCCGCCUGGUACCCAGUGCGCGCAUCAUCUUCGUGCGCAGCGACUCCAAUGAUUUCUUCCUGCGCGCCACCGGCCGAGCCCAGCAGGCUCGUCUCACACCAGCCGUGGACGCUCUCCGGGCCAGUGUCAAUCCGCAGAACCCGGUGUUUCUCCACAUGUUCUCCAACGGCGGCCUGUCAAGCACAACUCACAUGCUGAAGGCAUACCGCGCCGCCACGGGCAAGCCACUGCCCAUCUCAUCCAUGAUCGUGGACAGCGCCCCGGGGACGGCAACCAUCCGCACUGGGAUGAAAGCUUUCUCGUAUGUGCUACCGCGGAUAUGGAUCCUGCGCCUAAUUAGCAAGAGUAUGCUGCUGUUUGGUCUGGUAUUUGGCAAGCUCGUCCGGAUGAUCUUGCGACUCCCCGACCCCGUCACUGUCGCCCGCGCGGCGAUCAAUGACCAGUCUUUGGUGCAGGCGGCCAAUCCCAAGGGCAUUCUCUCGCGCUGCUAUAUAUACUCUGACGCCGAUGAGCUGGUACACUGGCGCGAUGUGGAAAACCAUGCCGAUGCCUCGGAAGCACGCGGUUGGAUCGUGCGCCGGGAAUUGUUUAAGGGGGCGCCGCACGUUAGCCAUAUGAGAGCCGAGCCUGAUCGGUACUGGGGCAUUGUGAGGGAGUAUCUAGGAAUUGAGGAGUCAAAGGAGUUGGCAUGA